AUGUCCUACCUGCGCAUCACGGAACUGAUUAUAAACUGCAGCACCGUCUUUUUGGCCGCUCUUCUUCUGCUUUUUGCUGUCUUGGUGACAAAUGGAACACGCGGUCGCGUCUAUCGCAGCCAGGGAUGCAUGAUGGGGGGCAGUAGCUCCGCGUCCUUGUUUCUAAGCCUAACCUUCUUGGUGGGCUUCUUUUGGCUGCUCUUCGUGGUGAUCCUCACCUGCCCAAAUUUCCUGUGGUUGAUGCUGGCCAGUGUUUGUGAACAUGAGCUAGCUGGCGUCUACCACGGUCCGGGCAUUCGUCAGCCAGGUCUCCACGUGAACGAUCUGCCAAUGCGC